AUGUUCGCCUUGCUGACGACGCUGCUGGCGCUGCCCGUGCUGGGUCUCAUUUGCAUACCACUGCUCAUCUCCGCCUGGAUAACCGUCGUCUUCGCAUUGUUCACCCUAUUCGUGCGACUAAUCGUGGUUUAUACCGAGCUGGUCUACGAGUUCAUCGUCAAUUUCUUUACACUCCCAGCGAUUACCUCCUCACUCUUAACCUUUGCCCCAUCCGAACCUGUCACUCCUGCAGCGGGUAACUCUAGACGCAACUCGGUGUAUGGCCUGAUCCACUCUCGCAAGAGCCAAGACUCGCUCUCGUCCUGGUCUAUCAUUGAGGCCCAAGAUGAUUCAUCCAAACGAUCAAAGAAAUUUUAUGCUCGAAGCAUGGUCGAAGCCCAUAAUCUGCCCACGGGGUUCGGUCUCCCUGUGAGCGGAGACGAGCGACGGGACUUUGAAGGCGUGGGCGGUUGGAGAUCAUGUUCUAAUCGACCAAAGUCCAAAAACGGAUCGAGAUCCGUGCACGAAAAACCGAUCAGUUCGGUCUCAUCUUCGUCUGCCCCCAGUGCCGUGGGUGAAUCCAGGCCCGACAUUAUGGACGAGGACGAGCGCGCCUGGCUAUCUUUAAACGAGCGACUCGAGCUUCCAUCCCAAGUUGUAACAUGGGGUUCCAGCUCAAAUAUUGCCAGCCCAACCCAUGCCGAGUCGUUUUCUCCUCGGGGCAGCAUUUCCCAUGGACUAACCCCGGCAGCGUCACCCCGGCUCUACCGUACCCAGCAGCCUAAUGGUCAAAGACACCAUCAGCGUUCACACACAACGUCCUCUCUCACAAGCUCGGGGCGCAACGCUGGUAGUCGAAUUUCUGUCGCCCUAUCAAAUGCCGGUCUAGCUCGAGAAUCAGGUCAUGCCGUGUCACCCUCGGCAUCAAGACUCGCUCCAUUCAUGACACCACAAGCAUACCCCACAUUCCGAUCAUCACGCACAAUGCCAGCCACUAGUGCGACAAAUGGAAUCUCGAACUCACUGGACGGUGGCUAUUUCGCAUUGCAGCGACCCGCAUAUCACUACGGGCCUUCCUUGGAGACGAGGGAAAGCCCCAAUUGGAGUGGGUACACUACACCUGGAUCCGAAGAUCGAAAUAUAGUAACCCUCCAGCCACCGAGGCUGAUGUCGCAUUAUCCGACCAGCGUAAGGCAUCGCAGAAGUAGUAUAUCUGGACCUCAUGCAAGAGUGGGCACGGUCGGGGAACGGAUUGGCUGA